AUGGAGAAAUCAAAUUUACAAAAUAAUAUUCCACAAAAUCCUUUUUAUAAAUUUUCAUUAAAACAGAGGAAGGAAUCUGAAGAAUUUGGUAGGCUUACAAUCGAGUAUAUCAAACGACAAAAUGAAAAUCUUCAACAAUUAUAUUCUGAAAGUGAAAUCGUUGAAUCGAGAAUUAAGGAUUAUUGCAGGUGCAAAGAAACAAUUAGAGAACAAGAACAUUUAAUCGGCACAUUAAAAUAUCGCAUUGAACAAUUAGAAGCUUCCAUUGUGAUUAAAAAUCAAGAUAUUAAUAAUUGUCUUAAUAUUAUAAGAAAAUCCAAGGAAGAAAUGAAGUUGAAAGAAAAUCGUGAAAGUCCCGCAGCAUGUUCAGAACUAUCAAGGAAACAUCAUAGGACAGCAAAAAAGUCUUCCAUUUCUUUAAACGAUAAUGAAAAUAAGCAAACCAAGCAAGUACAAGAUCCCCCGAUAUACACUAUUUCCAUAGGUGACAUUAUUAAAAAGUAUGCCAAUAAAGUUCAGGAAUCGCAAGGUCAAAAGCAAGGAAAUAACACGUUAUCAGAAUCUUUAUUAGACAAUCCUUCAUCCAGAGAACGAUUGAAACGAGAUGAAAAGGCUGAAGAUCAAGAAACCAUUUCAAAACUUAAACAAAUUCAUAAUCAACUUCAACAAGUAAUCACGCAAAGUAAAGGAGAUCCCUUGUUUGUGUUUAAAGAACAAGAAGAUUUGAUAGACUCAUUAAAAUCUCGUAUUUUACGAUUGGAAGAAUCUAUUGUUGUUCGAAAUCAAGAAAUUGAUGAUUUUAUUAAAACUAUUAAUGAAGAAAUCAAACGAUUUACUGGAACGAUCUAUAAAUUGGAAAAGAACCGUGAAGAUACAAAUAACGUCGAUUAUAAGUGUAUCGUAACGGGUUCAGAUCUCAAGGAUUUGAAUGCCGCCAAAGAAAAUUAUAGUAAAGGUUCCUUUUACCAUAGGCCAACAGAAACAGCCUCCAUUUCGAAAGAUCAAGAUCCCCCCACCUUUACAAUUACGAUGAACGACAUUAUUAAAAGAUAUUUUGCAAAAGUUAAAGAAUCAAAACAAAAGAAAAAUAUUGUACAUGAAUCCUCAGAAGUAGUUCCUACUUCUUCAGUCGAUACUUCAUUAAAAAGUUCCUUUGCUGUUACCCAAAGUGAAGGUGUAAUUGAAAAUUUGAAAAGUUUGAAGAAAGGUGAAAAAGUCGAGUAUGCGAAUGAUGCAAAAGAUGAAAUAACUCAUGUCCCCUCUAAUACUACCAAAUCUUCAAAUAUCGAACAGAUUCACACACAAAUUAAACAAAUUAUUACGCAAAAAGAAGCCAUUGGAAAUAAAAUUAGAUUAAAACACAUUCAAUCACUUGAAGAUUCUUUUACACGUGAUGAAUUAAUUCAAUAUUCAAAAACAAAUUAUUAUCAUUCUUUAAAUGAUAACAUCAAGCGAUUGUUCAAACAACUUCUUACUCAGGUUUUGGCAUCGGCAACUCAUGAUUCCACAAAAUCUUCAAAAUUCGAACAAAUUCAUACACGAAUUCAAAAUAUUAUUACGCAAAAAGAAGUCAUUGAUAGUAAAAUUAAGUUAAAACAUAUUAGACCUUUCAAAGAUUCCUUUACACGUGAUGAACUAAUUCGAUAUACAAAAACAACAAAUUUUAAUUCACUUAAUGAUAGAACCAAAAGAUUAUUCGUACUCUUUAUUCAAGAAUUAUCAUCGACUUCUACAAAUGAGAUUGAUGCUAUCAAAUUGGAAAAUCUUCACAAAAAGAUUAUUACAAUAGCAGAGACUAGGGGUAAAACGAUUAGUAAAGAUCAUCUCGAUUUUCUAAAAAAUCCCUCCGUCUUUAACUAUUUAAUUCAUUAUAAAAAAACUCAUCAUUUCGAUUCUUUAAGUGAUCUAAUUAAAAGUUUCAUUGAUUCCAUCAUUUAUGACGGAUUAAAAAAAGAAUUCAAUCGGGAAAAAAUAACGCUUUCACAAAAUUUAGAAGAAUACAUUAAGAGAGGUUUAAUACCACAAUUACCAACAGGUUACCAUAAUUAUGCCGAGUAUGAAAGGACAGGCAUGUUCUUUUGCUUAUCUAGGAAACAAAAAUCGAGAGUUAGAAAGUUGGUUGUGUUGGAAAAUAAAAUGGGCAAAGUAAUUUAG